UUCAUGUAGCUGCGAUGUUACGUGGGUAGACGUGGGCAGAAUCUGUGUGGGACUCCCCUCCUCUCUCUCUCUGCGUGGCCGCUUCCAAGUUCCAACUCCUCUCGAAUCUCGAUUGACCAGAGAGACUCAACCCUCAUGGCGCCAUCGCCGCCACCUCCACCGAAACCCUCCUCUGUUAACAAUUGAAAACAAAUAACCGGAUCUCUUUCUCUCUCUCUCUCUAUCUCUAUCUCUAUCUCUCUCUAAUAUAUGGAUUUGAGAAGAAUUGCUACUUCCGUUGAAACCAAACAUACGCCUCUCGUGUUUUCCUUCAUCCGCUGCUCAUCCUGCGCCACCUCCACUGCUCAGCAGCAGCAUGAACAGCACCCAAAACAACCACCAGCUCCAACUCCACCGCCACCAUACGAUCAGCACUUUCUAAAUAAGGUAACUUCAAUCCUUUCGAGCAAGUCUCUCGACACCUCCAAAUGCAGAGAAGCCCUGUCUCAUAUAUCACCUCACCAUUUCGAUCACAUCUUCUUCGAGCUCCGGUCCUCGACUAACCCAAAAACAGCAUUAAAUUUCUUCACAUUCGCAUCCCAGUCGGUUGGUUUCCGUUUCACGGUUAGAUCUUAUUGCAUUCUCAUCAAUCUACUUGUUGGGUCCAAUCUCAUUUUUCCCGCUCGCUUGCUUUUGAUCCGCUUAAUCGAUGGCAAUGUACCUGCUCUGUUUGAGAAACCAAAUGACAGGCAUCUUGAGAUUGCCCAGGCAGUUAUAGAUUCAAAUUCAGCAGUUUCAACAUUUGAUUUAUUAGUUCAUGUUUACUGCACCCAGUUCAAGAAUUUGGGAUUGGAGCUUGCUUUUGAUGUGUUUCAAUUAUUGACGAGUCAUGGCCUAUUUCUGUCUUUGAAGACGUCCAAUUUCCUUUUGGACUCGCUUGUGAAGGUGAAUGAGCUCGAGAGGAGUUAUGAAGUUUUUGGGAUUCUGUACAGAGGUCUCUCCUUUGAUGUUUACUCAUAUGGAAUUGCAAUUAAUGCGUUUUGCAAGGGUGGGAAAAUUGAAGAAUCAAUCGGGUUGUUUUUUAAAAUGGAGGAAUCGGGAAUAUCUCCCAACGUAGUGAUUUAUAAUACCGUUAUCGAUGGGCUUUUGAAGAAAGGAAAUUUAGAUGAGGCUUUUAGGUUCAAGGAGAAAAUGCUUAAGAAUGGUCUGAAUCCUAGUCUUCAAACUUAUAGCAUUCUUAUAAAUGGUCUGAUGAAAUCUGAGAGGGUUGAGGAUGCAAACCGUGCCUUAAGGGAAAUGUCAGACAGAGGGGUUGCCCCAAAUGAGGUUGUUUAUAACACGAUGAUUGAUGGGUACUGCAAAAUGGGAAAUUUUAGUGAAGCUUCAAGAAUGAGGGAUGUGAUGGUGUCCAAGGGGAUUUAUCCAAAUUCAGUCACCUACAAUUCACUUAUUAAAGGCUUAUGCAAGGUUGGUAAGAUGGAGCAGGCUGAGUGUCUUUUGGAGGAGAUGUUAUCGGCAGGGGUUUCCCUAAAUCCUUUUGCCUUUAAUUCAAUUAUCCAAUGGCUUUGUCUUCGAUCUAGGUUGGAUACUGCAAUUCAGCUCUUGAGAGAGAUGGUUUGGAGGAAUUUAAGGCCCAAUGAUGGGGUUCUGACAAAUCUGGUUGGUCGGCUUUGUAAAGUGGGGAAACAUUCUGAGGCAGUUGAUGUUUGGUUUAUGUUAUUGGAGAAAGGGUUUGCAGCCAAUACAAUAACCUCAAAUUCUCUAAUUCAUGGACUCUGUGAAAGUGGUAAUUUGCAGAAAGCAGUUAGACUUCUCAAGGAGAUGCUUGAGAGGGGACUAGCACUGGAUAAGAUCACAUACAACACACUGAUCUCAGGAUGUUGCAAGGAGGGGAAGUUGGAAGAAGGGUUUAAGUUGAAAGAAGGCAUGAUUAAGCAAGGAUUUAAACCCGAUGUUUUCACUUAUAGUGCACUGCUACAAGGACUAUGUGAUAUGGGUAAAAUGGAUGAAGCUAUUGGUCUUUGGGAUGAGUGCAAAAGAGAUGGCUCGGUUCCUGAUCUUUCGAUGUACAGCAUCAUGAUAGAUGGAUUUUGCAAAGCUAAGAGAGUUGAAGAGGGGAAAAUUCUCUUCAAUGAGUUGGUCAACCAAAACUUGGAGCUGAAUUCUAUUGUAUAUAAUACCCUAAUUGGGGGGUAUUGUAGAAUUGGAGAGAUUCUGGAGGCCAUUAAGCUUCGUGAUGAAAUGAAGAGUAAUGGUAUUACACCAACUGUUAGGACGUACUAUUCAUUAAUACAUGGAAUGUGCAAAGUUGGCCAUGUUGAGGAAUCUAAGGACCUUCUUGAUGAGAUGAGAGGAGAAGGCUUGAUACCAGAGGUCUUCUGUUACACUGCAUUGAUUGAUGGGUAUUGUAAGUUAGGCAAGAUGGACAGAGCUAGCAACAUUUUGCAGGAAAUGAUUGCAUAUAGAAUAGCUCCAAAUAAGUUUACUUACACUGUCAUGAUUAAUGGGUAUUGUAAACUGGGUGACAUGCAACAAGCAGCUGAGCUUCUAGGGACAAUGGUGGGGAAUGGUAUUGUCCCAGAUAUUGUCACAUUCAAUACAUUGACAUAUGGAUUCAUCAAAGGAGGAAAAAUAGAAGAGGCUUUCAAACUAUGUGAUCAGAUGUCCCAAAGAGGUAUUAUGUUGGAUGAAAUUACGUAUACCACAUUGGUUAAUGGUUUAUGUAGUUCAGGAUUUUCAAGAGAAGCUACUCUAAUAUCAGAGGGUAUCACCAAACGGGGUAUGCUUCCAGAGCAUAUUAAGCCAAUACAUUUUACAAGUGAGCCUUUGAAGCUUGAGUAAGGAUCUUUGAAGAAAAUUUUGCCCAUCUAUUGGAAUCAUGGCAUUAUUUUGGAUCCAUGUUGCUAAUGUCAAUAGGACCCAAAAAUCAAGAACUUGAAUCAUGACAUUAUUUCAUCCUGAUAUUAGUUGGUUCCUCAGGUAGCAGCAGAAAUAGUCAUUAAUCUUGAGCUUAAAGCAAACUUCCGCAAAAUAAUUCCUUGCAAGGUUGCCCUAUUUUUUAAGUGGCACUUUCUUGUACUCAGACCUGCCUCAAAUCUUAGGUUAUAUCACUCGAGCAAGCAAAUUGUUUCUCUACCCCACAUGGGUUCUGGCUUCAUGAGUAUCCUGUUUAUAAAACAUUUGCUUUUAUAAGAACUGAAUCUCUAUGAAUAGUGAAGUGCUCCCAACUAUUGUCCACUGGAUUGGUAUCUAUUUGGAGAACUGCAUUGUAGAAUUUCAUGACAACUUCUGCUAUUCUCUCUGGAUUUAGAGGCCAUAGGAUGGAUUGCCAUACUACUUCCUGUUUUAUUUUUUGUCAAUCUACCAUAGCUGCUACUGCUACCAUCUUUGAUUUGCGCAAGGAUCUCUAUGGUGUGGCAAAGAAAGAUGGUAAAAUUAUAUCUGGUGCACAAAUUCGAUCUUGUGGCCUCAAAAAUUUGCAAGGUGUCUGUAUGGAGGCAACUGUUGCAUGGUCAGGAGGGUGGACUCACUUCUUUUCACUCACUUAGACCCAAGUUUGGAAAAAGUUUAUCAAAGCACCCAUCUAAUCAAACUGCAAGAUCCGCAAAUGUUACUUUUGAUUGAUUAAGCAAGAAAUGUAUAUGUUUCAGCAAUGACCAGUAGUUGAUCCAGCAUCCAAAUUCUAAUUCUAUAAAAAAGGUUGUAAUUCUACAAAAUUACUACAUUAUUAUCUCUUUUCAUUUCUUUAAAAUUGGAGAGAGAAAUGCUUUAAGAUGUGA